AUGGAUAUCGAAGACUUUGCAUACCUUCCUUGCAAACCCAAGGCCACUCACUUCAACCCCAUCACUCUUCGUAACCUCAAACCAGGAUCCACCAAGGAAUAUUGUACCUGCGGACUGACCAAGACCGGUGUCUGCUACUGCGACGGUUUGCACAUGGACCUACCACUCAAGUACUUCAAACAAAUUGAAAAGUGCUCCAAACAGCCCCACGAUCCAGAGGUGACAAAACUCUGUGAAGAGUGUGGUUGGGCGGGACCUCGUGACAAGUGGCCCGAACUGCCCGAAACUGAUUCUGAAGGAUCAGAUUACACUACUUCUGAGGAUGAAGGGGAAGAUACGGAGGAGGCCAGAGUAAAGAAGGAGGAGAGGGCGGCAAAGACUCUUGCAGCCAAUACUCCAAAAGUGCAGAUUGAACUUCAAUCCGAUCAGGAGGUUUCUUCAACAUCAUCGACAUCCACAGCAGCUGCUGCAAUGGUAGGGGAGAAUGUCACGGUGCAAGUCCAACGUGGGUGCAGUGGCAGCUGCAAAACAAGGCACCACCAGGAAACCGAUACCAACGACGACGGUGUCGCAAAAGUUACUGAUGGCCUGAACAAGACCAGUCUGUAG